GUUUUUUUUUUGGACUCCUCCAGCUCAGUCAGUCAUUAUCAUCCUGUGGUUCUCCGUGCGUAUUCCUCAGGUCAUAACUUCAUAAAGCUUGAGAAAUUCCCAAUAACAUGGCAAAAAAGAAGAAUCCACAAGUUUUUAUGGAUGUAUCCAUUGAUGGAGAUCCAGCUGAGACUAUGGUUUUUGAGCUUUUCCCUGAAGUCGCUCCCAAAACAUCCGAGAAUUUCCGUGCACUAUGCACAGGGGAGAAAGGCAUUGGACCCAGAAGUGGAAAACCUCUGCAUUACAAAGGAUCUUUUUUCCAUAGAAUACUGAAAGGUUCCUCAGCACAGGCUGGUGACUUUGUGAAUCGAGAUGGUACUGCUGGGGAAAGCAUAUAUGCCGGAAAAUUUCCAGAUGAGUCACCAAAACUAAAGCAUGACGAGCCUGGUCUUUUAUCAAUGUCUGUUGCUGACCGUGACAAGUUCGGAUCACACUUUCAUCUAACCUUCAGGCCAAAUCAGCAGCUUGACAGAAAUAAUGUUGUUUUUGGAAAGCUUAUUCAAGGGAAAGAGGUAUUAAAAAAGAUUGAACGUGCGGGUGAUGAGGAAGGUAAACCUACUGUCAGUGUGAAGAUAAUCCGUUGUGGAGAAAAUUCUGGAGAUAAGAAGAAUGAUAGUGAUGGUCGGAAAAAGGGAAAGCACAAGAAAUCUUCACGAGAGAGAAGGAAGAAGAGGCGAAGACACUCUUUAUCUGAGUCAGAGAGCUCUUCAGAUUCUGAGACGGAUUCCUCAGAAUCUGAUAGUGAGUCAGAUUCAGAUUUGUCUGCAUCUUCCGACCUUAGUUCUUCGAGCCAUGAAAGACAGAAGAAGAGAAGAAGAAGUUCUAAGAAAGAUAAACACAGGCGGUCUAAAAGAAGAGAUAAGCGCCAUGAGAAAAAGCGAAGGAUUAAGAGAUCGAAACGCAAAUCAAGAAGGUCCCUAGACAAUCUUACAGGUGAAGACAGUGAUAGUGGAAGUGAAGCAAGUUUUAGUGAUAUUGAAACCGGAGCAAAAAAGAAGAAGCCCAGAGUCUCUCGUAGAACAGGUAAUUUUGCUCUUCUCCUGGACAAAAGGGAGGGACCAGAUUUGCUUGACAAGGAUGGUGGUGAAGCUCCCUCGGGAAACAGAGUUCCGAGAAGUAAUGGAAUUUCAGAUGCUGUAUCAGAACAGAUUUCUGAUAGGCAACCUGAUAUUGUCGAUGACCAUUCUAGCAAAUCUAGGUCUAGGAGCCGGAGCUUGAGUCCUAAGAGGACAGUGAGUAGGAGCAUGAGUAUUAGUCCCCCGAGGAGUCAGAGUAAGAGCCCGAGUUUAAGUCCUAGACGGAAUGGGGUCAGAAGUCCUGCUAAAGGUAGCCGCCAAGUGAAGAAUUUGACAAACUGUAAAAGAGAAAGCCCAGGGAGUGACGAGAAAGGCAGACAUGGUAGAAGGAGCCCUACCAAAAGUGUUAGUAGAAGUCCGGUGCGGAUGAAAAGGGGAAGAGAUAUUAGUAGAAGUCCGUCAAGGAGUAUAAGCAGAAGUCCACUGAGGGUCCCCAAAAGGGUGAUCAGCAGAAGUCCAGUGAGAGGUAGGAUUGCCAGAAGCCACAGCAGGAGCCCUGUUAGAUCUGCAUCUCAUGAGAGCCUUGGGAGGGUCCCACUUAGAAGAGUAGCAAGAAGAUCACCUAUCAGAACUCCAGCCCGAUCUUCUAGAAGAAGCCUAAGCCGGAGUCCCAUCCGGUUAUCUAGAAGGAGCCCGAGCCAUAGUCCUAUUCGGUUAUCUAGAAGAAGCUUAAGCCGGAGUCGCGUUCGAUCACCUAGGAGAUCAGUCAGCAGGAGUCCAGUUCGAUCAUCUAGGAAGAGUGUGAGCAGGAGUCCGGUUCGUUCAUCCAGGAGAAGUAUCAGCAGGAGUCCAGUACGAUUAUCUAGGAAGAGUUUGAGCAGGAGUCCUGUUCGAUUGUCGAGGAGAAGUAUUAGCAGGAGUCCUGUUAGAGGAAGAAGAAGAAUUAGCAGAAGUCCAGUUCCGGCGAGGAGAAGGAGUGCACGGCCUAGAUCUCCUCCUUCUGGUCGCAGAAGAAGUUUGUCAAGAAGUGCUUCUCCUGAUGGGCGCAUCAGGAGAGGGAGAGGAUUUAGCCAGAGAUUCUCAUACGCCCGUAGAUACCGAACUAGUCCAUCUCCUGAUCGAUCUCCUUAUCGCUUUAGUGAUAGAGUUGACCGUGACAGAUUUCGAAGUCACAGAAGGUUUUCACCAAGACGGUUUAGAAGCCCACUAAGAGGAAGAACACCUCCAAGGUAUAGAAGAAGAAGCCGUUCUGUAUCCCCUGGUCCCCGCUAUCGCAGCCGGCGGUACAGCCGCAGCCCUAUCCGUAGUCGUUCACCACCUUAUAAAAAGAGAAGGUCACCAUCUGCUAGCCGUAGCCCGAGUCCAUCCAUAUCAAGAUCAAAAUCAUAUUCAAAAUCUCCCAUUGGGACGGGGAAAGCAAGAUCAGUGUCAAGAUCACCAUCCAAGGCAAGGUCACCAUCGAAGUCGGAUUCGUCAUCCUCGGAUGGGAGCUCAGGUGGGCAAAAGCGACUAGUAGCCUAUGAUUAAUGAAUAAAAGGAACCUCGAGUGUUUGUUCUUUUUACUCAAGAAGAGAUGUUAAAAGUAGUUUACUUGUGUUACAUAUAUGCAUUGUCUUCUGCGUGUGUGUUUUGUUUGAUGAUGCUCCAACAUUGUUAUAUCUAUAUGUUGCCGACAAAUGUUUUACUUCCAUUAUUCGUUACGGAGUUUGUUUUGGUUCA